AUGACUCACAGAAGAACCAGACUCUUCAUCAUGGUGGUGUCCUACGUGAUGACAUCAUGCGGCGCCGUCCCCAUCAACGACCUGUUGGACCGAGCGUCACAGCGUUCAGACAAACUGCACUCGCUCAGCACCACACUGAGCCAGGAGCUGGACUCUCACUUCCCUCCGAUUGGUCGGCUGAUCUCGCCCCGCCCCUUGAUGUGCCACACCUCCGCUCUGCAGACGCCCACCGACAAGACACAAGCUCUUCAAGUAUCAGAGUCCGAGCUGCUGUCCCUGGCUCGCUCUCUGCUCCAGGCCUGGGACGACCCCCUGUCCGUCCUGUCCUCCUCGGCCGUCUCUCUGCCGCACCCGGCUCAGAGCAGCAUCUUCAACAAGGUGCGCGAGCUGCAGGAGCAUUCCAAGAACCUGUGGGACGGCCUGGACGUCCUCUCUGGGAAGAUGGGUGCAGCGGAUCAGACCCUCUCCUUCCUGCCCUACAUUGGCAACGACCUCGGCCAGGACAGGAUUUCCAGACUGAUCGACUUCCACUUCCUGUUGUCGUGCUUCCGACGGGACUCGCACAAGAUCGACAGCUUCCUGAAGGUCCUGCGCUGCCGGGCCACGAACACGCAGCCUGAGACGUGCUGA